CAAGUCAAAGGUUCUAGUUACGGUGAGUUAGCAAACAAAAAAUGUCAUCUCGACUCAUAUAAUUAAAAUAUAUGUAUAAACAUUUGAUGUGAUGAGGUGUAGGUUCGAAUCCACAAUUUUUUACUUCUAAGCACUUAGUGUCUAUAUGAGUUUCGUCGUUGGAGCCUUUAAAAACAAAACUACAAAUACUUUAUAGAAAAACAAUAAUCAUCCUAUAGUAUGCUCUAACUUCUAAUCCAAAUAGUUCCAUUUAGCAAAAGACAAACAUGCAUGCAUGUGCAACCCCUUGGCCUAUAAAUUAGUUUCCCCAUUUCUAAUUAUGAGCGUCCCAACCAGCAUAGAAUUAAACUAACAGUGAUUCACCCAUAAAGUUAAGUUUGGUGCUAUAUUUUAGAACCUUAAAGGUAGAUAUAUCCUUAGACAAAACAGCGUUCGAAAAUGGCUGGUGGGGUUUUACCAGUGGAUAGUACACCAGUGGCAGUAACUGCCAUCAAUAUUGGUGGCAAGUUAACACUCUCAAUCAUCAUUACCUGCAUAGUUGCUGCAUCCGGUGGCCUUCUUUAUGGAUAUGAUCUCGGAGUUUCAGGAGGUGUUACAACGAUGGUGCCAUUUCUCCAAAAAUUCUUUCCAGACAUUCUGAGAAAGGCAGCCAGUGCCGAAGUGAAUAUGUAUUGUGUGUAUGAUAGUCAAAUAUUGACACUAUUUACGUCUUCUCUUUAUCUAGCUGGAUUAGUGUCAUCCAUUGCAGCUAGCAAAGUCACGGCGGCUUAUGGUCGGAGAAACGUCAUCAUAAUAGGAGGUGCUCUCUUCAUUGCCGGUGGCGCCAUUAAUGGUGGUUCGGAAAAUAUCCCCAUGCUCAUUUUGGGUCGUGUUCUUCUUGGGUUUGGGGUUGGUUUCACUAAUCAAGCUGCACCGUUGUACCUAUCUGAAACUGCUCCCCCAAAAUGGCGAGGCACUUUUAACACGGGCUUUCAGUUCUUCUUGGGAAUUGGUGUAGUCGCUGCCGGCUGCAUAAACUACGCCACGGCCAAGCACACAUGGGGAUGGAGACUCUCUCUUGGACUUGCAGUGGUUCCUGCAGCUGUGAUGACAAUCGGUUCCUUCCUCAUUACCGAUACACCAAACGGCUUGGUAGAACGUGGUAAGAUAGAGCAAGCCAAACAAGCCUUACGCAAAAUUAGAGGAUCCUCGGUUGAUAUUGAACCCGAGUUAGAAGAACUUAUCAAGUGGACAGAAAUUGCGAAAUCAGUGCAACAAGAGCCCUUUAAAACCAUAUUAAAAAGGGAAUAUCGACCUCACUUGGUGAUGGCAUUUGCAAUCCCGUUUUUCCAACAGCUUACAGGGAUCAAUAUUGUAGCCUUUUAUUCACCCAACCUCUUUCACUCUGUGGGUUUUGGACACGACGGAGCUUUACUUUCCGCCAUUAUACUUGGAUCUGUUAGCCUUUUGUCUAACCUUAUCUCUGCUGGUAUUGUUGAUCGAAUUGGUCGAAGAUUCUUGUUCAUAUCUGGGGGAAUUAUGAUGCUUGUCUGCUUGAUUGCUGUGUCCAUUGUCCUGGCAGUGGUGACUGGUGUUGAUGGUACAAAGGACAUAUCCAAGGGCAAUGCAAUAGUGGUAUUGGUGCUAUUGUGUUUCUACUCUGCAGGUUUUGGUUGGUCAUGGGGUCCAUUAACAUGGCUUAUUCCAAGUGAGAUUUUCCCAGUAAAAAUAAGAACCACAGGACAAAGCAUAGCUGUUGCUGUGCAAUUCAUAAUAAUCUUUGUGUUAUCGCAAACAUUCUUGACAAUGUUAUGCCACAUGAAGUUUGGGGCCUUCGUCUUCUAUGCUUUUUGGGUUAUUGUGAUGACUCUGUUUGUUAUCUUCUUCUUGCCUGAGACCAAAGGAAUUCCUUUGGAGUCAAUGUACACUAUAUGGGGCAGACACUGGUUUUGGUCUCGGUAUGUUAAAGGACAAGAGGUCCUAGAAAAUCUCCCAUGAAGUUUUUAACACUUUUUAUGAUUGAUUUAUUAUUUUUAAAGAAGUCAAUGCACAUGCAUUAUAUCUUGACAAAAUUGUGCAGCAUUGGCUUCAUAAAAAUAAAUCAAUAAUAAAAGAAAUGUAAUCAAUAAUAACGUCUCAAAAAUAAUGUAUUGAUUGUUAAUGUUAAUCUAGUACGUGAAUAGUUGUAAAUUGUAAAAAAAUUAGGGCUCAUGCUUUUUAUUUUUA